AUGAUUUCAGAUUUGCUAGAAAUGGUUCACGGUUGUGGCAAUACGGCACUGAAGUUUCUGUUUUUCGCUGCCAAUCUACUGAUUUGUACUUUUGGCGCACUAAUCUUUGGCUUCUCGUUAUGGGCCAAUUUGGACAAGGAUUUCGCCCAAAAUCUCGAAAAACUGGCCAAGGAAAUCCAGCACGAAGAUAUCAAUGUUCUGGCAAAGUAUCAAGCGUCGCUGUGGGUUUUGGUAGGCGUGGGUGCGCUUCUGUUUCUCGUUGGAUUCCUUGGCUGCUGCGGUGCGAUAUGCGAAAGCCGUUCAAUGCUAACUCUGUUCUUCGUCAUAGUACUAGUCCUUACGGCAAUUGAACUUGGAGCAGCAGUGUUUGCAGUGGCCAGCAAAAGCCAGUUCAAGGAUGCGCUUCACAAUGGUUUUCUAAACUUUUCUUCUGAAACUGUUUUUAUCUUCCUUCGUUACACACACAAAUGUGUUCCGCUUCAGAGGCUAUUAACGGAAGCCAGCCAAGCCGAAGAUAAAUACCUGCAGAACCUGAAGCCCAUCGAAGAUGUUUUCCAGUGCUGCGGGGCAACACAUGAAACCAGGAAUCGAUACAUAGAGCACAACCUCUGCGAGGGACAACUGCAGGAUAAGCCGGAUUGCUUCUCAGUAAUAUCGCACUGGUUGGAAACGACCGGAGAAGUGGUUAUAAUAAUUGCCUUCAUUCUGCUCAUUGUGGAAGUGUUUGCCCUGGUAGCCACAUGCAUACUUUGCAAGGCAUUCCGAUAUGAAAGUCCUCGUUACUAUGCUUAA